GGUGAGGCGCGGGAGGCUGGUGGAAGGAGGAAGAAGCUGGCCGCCAUGGCGGGAAGGAUGUAUAGUGCCGGUGCAUCCGCCUUGAGCGAGGUGCGGGAGUCAUACAAUCAGACACGAGCUGGCCAGAUCGACACGGAGGAAGUCCAGAAAAUCACAAUACCAGGCGCCUUCCCAGAUGUCAAGAUAGUGUCCAAGGGGAACGAGCAGAUGGUGCUCUUUCCCUCCUACGCCAAGAGGCAUGUGAAGAGCCCGCCGCAACAGUUCGACGAUCCUGCGGGGCCCCCACACCCUGCCUCCAUCGCCAUGGAUGACGAGGAGUAUUGGCAACAAGAAUGGGCAAGGCAUGAAGAUGAGAAAGCCAUUGUGGACGUCGAUGUUCGAGGUUGGAUAUACAACCCCCACAAAGGGCCCAUGACGCGGAGAAAUCGCAUUCUCAUAGGUCUUGCGAGACAGCUAAGCGGCAUACCCACGCCGUCAGUUCAGCAGCAGAGUCUGGAUUCUUCGCCCGCCUCUCUCCAUCAGCUGCAUGAGGAAGAGAGGGAGGCGCUGCGGAUUGCGCAGGAAGCCCAGGAGAUCGAACGGCGCGGCCAGGCAGAGAGGGAAGCGGCCCUGCAAGGUGGUUACAGCGAAGCACCUAGGGAUUCGGAUUCUGAAGACGAGUAUCGGAGGCCCCGUAUAGGGGGCCGUAGCUCUACACCCUCAAUCCGUUCAGCACCACGAUCGCCCAGCAUUGGUAUCACCAGGUCAAACACCGGAGGCGGUGGUCAUUUCACCGAGGCAGAGCUCGCUGUUGCCAACGCAAAUUUGAUGGCCCGGCUGGCACCGUUCAUGACAACCCCCUUGGUAGAGAGACCAAUCACUGUCUUUUUCUACAACGACUCCCAAUCACAAUCACGGACGGUAACAACCAACGAUUCGGGGCAUUUCAUAUUGAGGGCGCCGUUAGACUUUAUUCCCACACACAUCCGUGUGCUGGCAAACGAAGAUAUGUCUGCCACUGAGCCGGUAAUAAUCAUCGAGCCAGAAGGCAUCAGUCUCAUCAGUGAUAUCGAUGACACCAUAAAGCAUUCAAGCAUAACGACAGGUGCCAAGGAGAUAUUCCGCAACACCUUUAUCCGCGACCUUGAUGACCUGACUGUCGAUGGAGUCAAGGAGUGGUACAACACACUGCACGAUAUGGGCGUAAGAAUACACUAUUGUUCCAACAGUCCGUGGCAGCUCUAUCCGGUGAUCGCCAGCUACUUCAAGCUUGCUGGUCUGCCACCUGGGUCUAUUCAUCUCAAACAGUACAGCGGCAUGCUUCAAGGUAUAUUUGAGCCCGUAGCGGAAAGGAAGAAAGGCACACUGGAGAAGAUCAUGCAUGAUUUCCCUAGCCGCAGGUUCCUCCUUGUUGGUGACAGUGGGGAAGCUGAUUUGGAAGUCUACACUGAAAUAGCUGUUGCAAAUCCUGGCCGAAUCGUGGCCAUAUUCAUUCGAGAUGUCACAACGCCCGAGAAAGCUGGCUUUUUCGACUCAGCUUUUGGAGGCAGUAACAGGCGGGAUCAGAAGCAAACGUCAGAUACGACUACCAGAUCUGCAAGGACUAGUUCGUCCGACGAUCGCUCGGACCGGCCUGCAUUACCGCCACGAGCACGGUCACAGCCUGAAAAGGACGAAGGCUCGGCCAUGGGGGAUUUGAUAGACUUUUCGGACGAGCCUCGGGAAGCUCCUGUUCGUGAAUCACAACAUCUCGAGGGACAUGAUGGUACAUCGUCCUCGAUGAAAACGAAGCUAGCUGGUGUUGCCGACAAGAAGGCACCUCCAGUCAGACCAGCAAAGCCAAUGUCAUUAAAGAGCUCCCCAGCAGCUCCAUUAUUAGGCUCUGUUCCGGGCGCUGAGCAGAAGAAACCACCAGCACCACCACCACCACAGCCACGCAAGGCUACUCCAGCUAGCGGAAACCCGUCAAAGUCAUCAACAUCACACCCCUUGGCCCAAAUGCAUAAUACUUCCCAACAAGGCGUCAACAAGAGCCAGCAGAGUUUGGCCGGCUUGCCAUCAAAGUCCGCCCCUCCCCCACCCCCACCGCGACGAACCAAUACAUCCUCCAGUACGACCCAAGGAGACUUUGCACCACCUUCGCGGCGGAGCACAGCCAAUUCCGAUAUCGAGCACAUAGAAUCCUUGCCGUCAGCCGCCUAUCCUUCCAAGGCUUACAAUGCCUCCACGCCUGCAGGAGCGCCACUGAACAAGAAGUUGGACCUCUGGCAGCGAAGGCUACAACGUGCACAUGAGACUCUCGAUCGGCAAGGUGUAGCCUUGUACACAUGGAGACGCGGCAACGACGUAAUCGAAGAAGCGGUUGGCAUCGUGCGGGAUGCCAUGAAGAAGAUGGGUGUGAAAGAAGGC